UAUUUAUAUCAUUAAAUAAUACUUAAUUAUUUAAAAAAAUAUAAGCUCAGCUGAAAUGGCUUCAUAUAUGUUUCAAAAAACUAUAACAUCAAUUUGUACAUGUGGCUUACAGAAACUUUUACCUGAUCUGUUUUUCUGUCGUCAUUGUCUAACGCUUCGUUGUGAUUUCUGUGUAAGCCAUGAAAUUGACACAACUUACUGUCCUCAUUGUUUUGAGAAUUUGUCUUCAACUGAAGCCAAACAUAAAAAAAACCGAUGUGCUUCUUGUCUAGAGUGUCCACGAUGUUUUAAUACUCUUUCAACACGUUCAUAUUCUCGAACACCUGAACCAAAAAAACCACCUCAAAAAAUGUAUUAUUUACUCUGUUUAUUUUGUAAUUGGCGAUCUCAUGAGCCAAGUAUACCUGAUCAACCAACAUCAUCAGGAAACUGGCCAAUUCAUAAAAAUCCAGAAGAUGGUCGUAUUCUGGAUCUGAUCAAUUAUUAUAAAUCUGUUUCUUUAAAAGAAGUGUUUGAUAAACAGAAAAGGAAUACCAAACAUUAUGGUCGUAAUUAUGUGCAUUUCUUGGAAAAAUUUGGUUUAAAUGCAAUGAUGGCACGAAAACGUGCAGGAUUACCAAAUUUCCACUCAGAUGGUACUGGUUUUAUUACUUCAGAAAUAACUCCAGCUGAAGCUAUUGAAAAUGUUCCUGAAUUAUCUGAAAACAUAUUUGUAGAUAUUUUAGAUUUGAAACAAAUUUCAACUUUAGAACAACGUUUUGCAACUCCUGAACUUCAAGUAGAAAAUACAGAUGAACUUUUUCCAGUUCGUAAACAUCUUCGAGUUAAGCAUUCUUUACGUUGUCGCGUAUGUGAACAUAAUGUUGUUAAACCAGAAUAUAAUGCUGUAAAGUUUAAAAUUAAGCACUUAGCUUAUUAUCAUGUUCCAGAGAUAAAAAUAAUCAAAUGUGAACCAUUACUAGCUGGUAAAUGGAGUUCUUUGGUACUUAAGUUAUGUAAUCCAGCACAAAUAUCUACUGCUGUGCGUUUUGAAAAAUUAGAUUUAAAUGCUAUAAACACAGUAAGAGAGCCAAGGCGAUUGGAAGGAGAAGAUUUAAUAGUUACUCCUAAACAAUUGCCAGAACCAAUUCCUAUUGUAUUAAAAUUACAGGGUGAUAUUAUGGUUCCUGAAGGUGAAAUUAAAAUUGCAGCUAGAGAUGAUACAGCUGAAUAUGAUGAUACAAACGAAGUAAAUACAGACAAUGAUGAUCCAAAAUAUGUGUAUUGGAGAAAGGGUAACAAAGUUGCAUUAAAAUUUGAAGUAAAGCCUAAUGAAAAUUUUAAAAAGAAUGAAAAUUUACAAUUAGGAUUUGUUAUGCAUUUUAUGUAUAUGGAUACAAUGCUACAUGUAAUUAAUCAAAAACAACCUCAAACUGUAUUAGUGCCUAUAAACAUUUUACUGAAUUUACCUAAUUCUUUUUAAUUUUUAAUUUAAUU